GAAAGACAAAUGGAUUUCGAAAGGAUAUGAUUUGUUGAGAGAGGCGAGAUUAGAAAAUGGGGUGGCAGAAUGGGAUUGGAAUAAACAAAAAAGUAUAAAAAGGACGUGGAACGUGGUGGGCACGUAGAAGAGGAAGAGGAAAGCAGGUUCGUUUAAUUUAGCGGUUAAUCACUCCCACAACCCGUUUUUCCCGCGAAACAAACACAACCCUAACAAAAUAACCAUCCUAUCCUUCCCUUCCUCUCUGUUUCUCUUUUCCUUCUCUGUUUCUCUUCUCUCUUCCUCUGUUUUCUUUUAUCUUUCUUUUAUUAUACUCUGUUUCCAUCGUUUAUCUUUCUCAGCCAUUCAAUCCUCUCUCUCUCUCUCUCUCUCUCUCUUUCUCUGCUCUUUUCUUGCCAGGUUGGUUCAAUCCCAGAUCGAAGGGAUAGAAUUUUGUUUGUAUGAUACAAGAAAACUAUAGCAGCAGAGUUUUAGUUGGUAUCAGGAAUCCAUAGAAAAAGGUUCCUUUUUCGUUACAUGGGUCAUUGAGAUUUGCUGCGCCUACAACUUGAACUAUGUUCUGCUGCGGAGGUGCAGAAGAGGAAAUUAAUGGACCCCCUGCAAAUCAAUGCCCUCCUCCUAGAGGGAAUCCAUAUGGAGGCGGCAGCCAGAGAGGAGAGACCAGGAGUUCCAAUGUGGUAAAAACCGGAACUCCACAGAAAGUUUUACCCAUUGAAACCCCAGCAAUUUCAUUGGAAGAGUUAAAUAGAUUGACGGGUAACUUUGGUUCCAAGGCUUUGAUUGGUGAAGGUUCUUAUGGCCGGGUUUUUUAUGCCAAGUUGAGUAAUGGUGAAGCCGCUGCGAUUAAGAAGUUGGAUGCGCCUUCUCAAGAGCAAGACAACGAUUUUGCAGCACAGUUAUCAACAGUUUCAAGACUUAAGCAUGAAAAUUUUGUGGAGUUGAUUGGGUAUUGCUUGGAGUCAAAUAACCGGAUUUUGGUAUAUCAGUAUGCUUCAUUGGGUUCUUUACAUGACAUAUUACAUGGGAGGAAAGGGGUACAAGGGGCUGAACCUGGUCCAGCUCUAAAUUGGAACCAGAGAGUUAAAAUUGCAUUUGGUGCAGCUAAGGGGCUUGAAUUUCUGCAUGAAAAGGUUCAGCCUCCGAUUGUUCAUCGCGAUGUCAGGUCCAGCAAUGUGCUGCUUUUUGACGACUAUAAUGCCAAGAUUGCCGAUUUCAAUUUAACUAAUCAGUCCUCCGACACCGCAGCACGGUUGCAUUCCACAAGAGUCUUGGGAACAUUUGGAUACCACGCUCCAGAGUAUGCCAUGACAGGGCAGAUAACUCAGAAGAGCGAUGUUUACAGCUUUGGAGUUGUUCUACUGGAGCUAUUAACAGGAAGAAAGCCAGUAGACCACACAAUGCCCAAGGGCCAGCAGAGUCUUGUUACUUGGGCAACUCCAAGAUUGAGCGAAGAUAAAGUGAAACAAUGUGUGGAUCCCAAGCUAAAUAACGAAUACCCACCAAAAGCUAUUGCUAAGUUGGCGGCAGUUGCAGCACUUUGUGUUCAAUAUGAAGCAGACUUUCGGCCAAAUAUGACAAUCGUUGUCAAGGCUCUACAGCCGCUUCUUAACUCAAAACCUGCAGGCGCAGAAUCAAACGUCUAAUAUAUAUAUAUAUAUAUAUAUAUUCUUCUCUCAGAAAAUCAGCAAAGUUGUCUUGUGUAAUUUGUACCACUUUUUUUAUUUUCUGUAAUCUUAUUUUAAUUAUUCUACACUGACUCAAACAUUCUUACAAGUAAAUUUUCUAGAGGGGGGUCGUGAUUUA